CAUUUAUGGAAAGAAAUGGCUUGCUGUAGUUUUUGAAAAGUAUUUUUUCUAAGUUUGACGUAAUUCGGGUACGUGUGCAAAUCAUUUUCGCAGAUUUCCGGCUCAGACAUUGGAUCUAAGACAAAAUGCCUUUCAAGCCACCAGAGCGAGCGUUCUGCCCUAAAUGCAACCAGGCUGUAUACGCCGCAGAAGAAAGGAUAGGCGCCGGAAAGAAAUGGCACAAACAAUGCUUCAAAUGUGGAAUGUGUAACAAGGGUUUGGACAGUACCACUGUAGCCGAACACGAGGGUCUGGUUUACUGUAAGGGCUGCCAUGGAAAGAAGUUUGGACCCAAGGGGUACGGAUUUGGGGCAGGUGCAGGCGCACUCAGCAUGGAAACCGGAAGUCAAUUCGGCAACAAAGAAAGCCAAAUGUCGAACCGCCCUACUGAAGCCGUGAUUGGUACAAAAUCAGGCCCUGGCCCUCACUGUCCACGCUGUCUACGCACUGUGUACGACGCCGAACGCGCCAUCGGGUUGAACGACGCUUGGCAUAAGUCCUGCUGCAAUUGUCGGGAGUGUCACAAAUCUCUUGAUGCCAGUACCUUGAGUAGACAUGAAGUUGAGAUUUACUGCAAAGGUUGCUACGCCAAACAUUUCGGUCCUCAUGGUUAUGGAGUUGGGACUCUGGCAAAGUAAAAACAGGAAUCGAACACGCCUUUAGUCCUUCCUAUGCCUGGAUGAAUUGUUGUGUUUUUUAAGUUCCCAUAUGUUGGUGGUAGAUAGCAUCCCAUUUAGUUGUCACAAGAACCUGAGAUUUUUCCUGAAUCGAUGAAAUCGUUAGCUAUGACCCUCCACAUUGUUCGUAGUUUACCCUGCAGUGAUUAAUGGGGCGAAAAUUCCAAUAGCGAUUCCCCGCAGUGUAACCUACGUAUGAUCCCACGUUCUUGAAUUUGUAAGAGAGUUGUAAAUUAGAAUGGGGAUAUUUAGUUUAAAAAAUAUGGAGAUAUUUUUCAUAUCAUAAUUUUGUUAUGUCUUUUAAUUUAUUUAAUCGAACUUUUCUAUGUGCAUGAAUAAACAAGUGAAUGUUU